AUGCAAGUGAUGAAAAACUUCAACUCACCCAUGACCUUCUUCAGACCAAGCUACUUCAUAUACGCCAAAAGCAGUUUUAAAGGCUGUGUCGAUCAUAUUCUCGUGAAUCAUGGCAGCUGCAACAGCAUAUGUGACCCCACUCCAUAUUUCCCUCGACUGCAUUGUACACAUGUCAGGUUCUCCAUUUGGAAGCAUCCCGUUUGCUGCCCCCAUCCUCCCGUUUUUCACCUUCAACACAUUGAAGUUCUUCCCGUACACCUUCCUCGCCUUUUCAUACCUAAACCAGAAAUAAUCCUCACACCCUUUGUCCCCAACAAUCCCCGCCAGCCUGGACGCCGCCUGGAGUGCAGCCACCCACAGCCCCCCACAGUAAGCGCUCACUCCCGAAACCGACCACGUAUCAUACGUCUGGUCCGGAAAUCCCUCAUUCUCGAUCAUCCCAUCCCCAUCCCUAUCAAACUGUUCCAUAUAAGCCAUGGCCACAUAAACCGACGGCCACACGGCCCUCGCGAACCCCAAACUCCCAGUGGCAGCCACGUCCCUGUAAACCUGAAGCACAAACUUGGGAUUAAGAUCCUUCCACCUAUCCGUGUUAUGCAGAUUGUAGAAGUUGACCUCGAACCACGGGUCCCGCAUGCCAAUGUCGUGUGGCACGGCCCCGAGUGCUUUGCGUGGGGCAGACGAGCCAUCUUGGAGGAGGGUCGUCGGGGUAGGGUCGUGCAUGAGGACUGCGGCAGCAAAGUCGCGCUGUAUGGCGAGUUCGAGUUUAGGGAAUAG